UUAUUAAAUAUCGAGCACGUUGCCACACGUGAUUGCCUAUUAAGCAAUUAUUCACACGAUAUAUAUACAUAUAUACAUAUAUUUGUUCCGUAUUUGAAUUGCCUAAUGAUGAAAUAUAUUUUGCGAGAUAACGAUAAUCGAUUGUACAAGAAACAUACAGAAAUUUCUUAACAUUCAUUCGAAUCGCGCCUUUUCGUUCAUAUUAAGUACUCACUAGCAGCACUACGGAAAAUUGAUGAACUUGGUUAAAGACGAAAUAUUGCGGACAUCACAGAUACAGUGAGGUUAAACAUUUUAAUUAUUUUAAGACACAAUAAAUUAAACUUAAAAUGGCAAAAGUAAUUGCACGAAUGACAAAAUACACGGCCAGGACAUUUCCAUGUGUUUCAAGAGAAAAUUUAUUCACAUUAACCUCUACAAAAGUUUCAUUUAAUGUUUCACGUUCCAUCGCUACUACUCGAUGUUUGAGAGCGGAUAGACUGUUCACAAAAAGACACGAAUGGAUAAUAAUUGAUGGUAAAAUAGGUACAGUUGGAAUAUCCAAUUAUGCACAGGAAUCUUUAGGUGAUGUUGUUUAUGCUCAACUUCCAGAUGUUGAAAAUGAAAUAGAAAAAGAAGCUGAGUGUGGAGCAUUAGAGUCAGUAAAAGCUGCUUCUGAAUUAUAUAGUCCUGUCAGUGGAAAAGUAAUAGAAAAAAAUGAAGCAGUUGAAAAAACACCCAGUUUAAUUAACAGUUCUUGUUAUGAAAAAGGAUGGUUGUUUAAAGUAGAGUUAAAAAACCCAGAUGAAAUUAAGGAUCUUAUGAAUGAAGAAUCAUAUAAUUUAUAUUUGAAAUCUGAUCCACAUUAAAUAUAUUAUGUCAGUGCCAUGUGUGAAGUUAGUAUUGAGUUGCAAUUUAAUUUUUAUUGUUCCUAGUAAUUUAUCAUAAAUUAAAAAAUGUGUAAAUAUU